AUGCAGGAAGAAAAGACGACUCCAGAUGACAAGCGGUCUCCCAACUCGUCCCGGAGGAGUGGGGGUCCAGCUCCGAAAAUAUCUAUCAAAAAGGAAUCCCCGCCGUCCCCUAACAUGCAAACUGGACCAAGCAGACACCGCCCACAGAAACUAGACCUGUCGUCCGUGGCUAGCAGCCAGGGCCCGGCCACUGCCAGGGGGCCGUUGACAGCUCGAGAUGGGCUGGCCAUGCAUGACGUCGGCCUUGCAUGUCUAUCCCCUGGGUUCCAAACACAGGAUCCUAACAUGAGAGAACAGCUGCAGAGAAGUAUCUCUGUCAGAGACCAGCAACGUUCCAUAAUUGAGUCUCGCCUACAGAAAUCUGCCAAGGGCGACGGUCCGGAUUCCGUCAAACCCUCAGAAUCAAAUCUCUUUGGCUCCGCUGCGCCAAAGUCGAGCAAGAAGCGGCCACCUCCAGGGCUGUCCAUUGUUGCUCCAUCUGCUGCCACUUUUGCUGAUGAAAGAGUCAUUCAAUCUGCACCACUCAACCAGACAUUCACUGGCCGCCAUCAGCCACAACCUCUAACUCGCCGUUUUAUCAACCCUCCAGAUUUUACCGCUUCGCCCCAGGUAAAUCAUAACCCAGCCAACCAGACCAACAACCGUUUGCCACCAAUAUCAGACGUAUUUGGCACCGAUGCUCUAGGCCCACGAGACAGAGAUAGAGAUAGAGAUCGUGAAGCAAACUCCCGGAAUGGACUCGGCCCACACUCUCAAUCUAACAGCCAUGGGCCCCUUCCUUCACCCAGCAUUGCUGCCAAUCAACCUAAUAGUGCAGUAACCAAACGACCCCGGGAAUACCGCUCUGCCGAGGAAGCGGUGCACGAACUCGCUGGUGGGCGCGAGGAUCUCCUUCCCCGAAUAGUUCAUUACAGUGGGAACAGGGCCAACAGCCCUCGAUCACCUGCAGGGGCCCACAACGGAAACGGGGAGGGCCACUCUUCCCACCCACAGCAUCACCAACCACAUACUAGUGGCGGACCUCCCAGCAGCCAAUUUCCCAGUCAAUCGUCGCUUGGAUUCCCUGGUUCAGGCGCUCGUCGACGCACCAGAAAUGAGUAUGAGCAGGAUCAUGGCAGUCCACCUCUUGGAAACGGGCCCGAGCAUAGAUAUAGGCCCCCUCCAACUUCACACGGGCCCUUUGGAGCUGGACGAGAUUCGCCCGAUACCCAGCGAAGGAAGAAGGAAGAGUUCUUAAGUUUAUGUGCUCGUGCAUGGGAUUUGUUCCAUUCAUAGCACUGUCUUAUCUCUCCUUAUAUUCCAUACGCUCCAGCCUUGCACUCAUUUUAUCUGUUAUGUCACUAUAUUCACACGGUAUCAUUACCACUCUCCCAUUCUUUACGGAGCACGUCUUCUCUGGAUCCUUUUUAUUUCUCAUGCGCUCCUUUCUCACCCGUCUCUUUUUAUUUUUAUUUUUUUCGACCUUUUAGGUUUACUUUCUAACCCCUUCUCUCCCUUUUCGCCUCAAUGCUCAUUCGCGGGCUGGUUACUGUGGAUGUGUUUCACGGCCCUUUUCCUUUCGAUUUCCUCUUCUAUCCUUUGAUGUUUUUUUUAGCAGCCAUUUCUUCUCUAUCCUCACAUUUCUCGCUCUCUCCAUAUCUCUCCCCACUACACUUAUACAACUUACUUACAUCUCUAACAUCUCCCUUCCCUACCUUACUUUCCUAUUUCCUUGCUUUCGAUCAUUUCGUGUGGCAUAAUAUUGGGUAUUCAUGAUUAGGAUGGAUGCUGGGUUGGAUUAAUGCUGUCAUAUAUAACUAUUUUCUUACGCCCCCUUCCCACCUCUUGCCACUCAGACUCCUUUCUUUCCACCAUUUCUCAAUACUCCUAUGAACUGACCAUAUCAUGCGCCUGCUCUGAAUUUAUAACAGAGGAGCCAACAAACAUAUUAAAAUAUU